GCGAGUUUUAAGCUACACCUCGGUUCACCUGGGUCCCGGCCCCGGGGGAGGGUCCGAGGGGAUUUUCAGGGGGGAACCGCCGGGAUAUGUCGUGAAUAUGGCUAGGUUGACCUUGCUAGAGGAAGACAGACAUAGUCUGCCUGUCAUGGCGCCGUUCUUUCCGGUGUGCCAAUAUGGAUGGUGCUCAGGAUGUUGGUAUAGACUUGGACAUGAAUGUGGAUUGUCUUUCUCACAACAACAUUCAUCCGGACAGUCCCCACUCCUUCAACAUGGAACCAGACAGUGGAGGAGAGAAGAGGAAAGGUGAUGAUAACAGUGAUGAUGAUUUUGAAGAUGGGAACCCUGAGAAGAAACUACGGAUGAACCACAAUGACUUCAGGGAUGGGUACACUACUGUGGAACAGCUGGUAGGGGUGACUGGUGACCAGAGUUUGCCGACAGAUGAAGAUGACCUUGAGCAUGUGUCAGGGUCGACCUUGGAGCAGGUGGAAGACUCCAUGACUACAGCUGUACAGCUGGCCACAACCUCAGGACAACAAAUACAGCUGUUGGAGGUUUCUGGGAUGGACAGUUCCCCAGCCACGCCCUCCUCUGACAAGACAGAAGAGGCAGCCCCGGUAAACCAGGCGUGGUUCACUACUAAAGAGGACAAGACUAACCUACAUGGCAAAGGCCACAGCUGGAAACAAGGGAUGUGGUCUAAAGAGGAGGUAGAAGUGCUGAAAGCUAACAUUGAACAGUACUGUAAGGAUCACAACAUUGAGGAUGCUGCUGAGGUUGUUUUUGAGAUGUCCAAAGACGAGAGGAAGGAUUUCUAUCGCACCAUCGCUCAAGGUCUGAACAGGCCACUCUUCGCCAUUUACCGAAGAGUUCUCCGGAUGUAUGACAACAGGAACCAUGUUGGAAAGUAUACUCCUGAAGAGAUUGAGAGAUUGAAAGAGUUAAGACAGAAGCAUGGGUCUAACUGGGCAGCCAUCGGGAUAGCCCUGGGGCGCAGUGCCUCUUCUGUCAAGGACAGGUGUCGUCUCAUGAGGGACUCCUGCAACUCAGGUAAGUGGAGUAAUGAGGAAGAACAGAGGCUACAAGACGCGGUUCACGAGGUGACGAACACGAUCCAUGGCCAGCCCGUUACCUCCGGGAUCUCGUGGGCGAAGGUCGCCCUGCGUGUCGGCACGCGGUCGGAGAAGCAGUGUCGCUCCAAGUGGCUGAACUACCUUAACUGGAAACAAGCCGGUGGCGAUGAGUGGACCAAAGAGGAUGAUAUGGCACUCAUACACAAGGUGGAACACCUGGACACGAAGGAUGACACUGAUAUUGACUGGGUGAAAAUGGCUCAGGGCUGGAGCAGAAUGAUUGUCCGGUCCCCCCAGUGGCUGAGGAGUAAGUGGUGGUCACUCAAGAGACAGAUCGCUGAGCACCAGAACAUGGACCUGCCAACCCUGGUGCAGUGUCUGAAGACUGUGUUCAGCGACUCGGUGCGUACGCGGAAUGUGCGGUCAGACAUCACGAGAAUUAAGGUCACGCGGCUGGAUGGGGCUAGCCGUGACAUCAGGGGGGAGCUCCUGGUCAACGGUGGUCCCAGCCACAGCCAGGACCUGCCCAACAUGGCCACUGUCCAGCUGCCCAUUCCUGUACCCCAGGCUGGUGCCACAGCUACCAUCACUACCACCACUGUAGCAGCCGCAGAGCAAGGUAACCAACCUGUGCAGCCUGAGGAGAGUCAGCUCAUAGCAGGCACCUCCUACCAGUCCUUUGAGGUACUGCAGUCCACCAUGCAGCUGACCCCCACCAGUACCCAGGGUACCUACAUCCUCCGUCCGUCCUCCGGCAUGGUGUACACGGCCACGCCCACUUCAUCUGAUCAGAUCAUCGUUCAAACCGUACAGACUGACCAACUGGCCAGUAAUGAGAACGUGACCGUCCAGCUGACCCCCCAGUCUGACCACAUCAUCAUCAGCACGUCCACCGGUCAGGACCACGACAUCACCACCACUCUCAACACCUCGGACAUCGCUGCCAUCAGCCAAUCAGGACUUCCCGAUCAAGGCAUGGGACACCCGGACGACAGUUUAAAUGAAGUCUCCCAAUCAGAAGACCUGUCCUGUAGCAGCCAUCUGCAGGACAGUGUCAGCCAAUCACAAUACAGUGAGGACUCCAACAUCAGCCAAUCAGACUACGGCAGCCAUGCAUCUGUCUGCCAAUCAAGUUACAAUGCCCACCCCAUGGCCAGCCAAUCAGAUUUUACUUCUCAUGUUAGAAUCUGUCAGUCUGAUAUAACUGGACAUGCCACUAUUAGCCAAUCAGAUCUCAGUGCCGAAGCCAUAAGCCAAUCAGUGAUAAGCUCUCAGGAUGUCAUCAGCCAAUCACAGCUAGGGGAGCAGCCUGGCAGCAGCCAAUCAGAGCUGGAUGCACACCACUCCAUAAGCCAAUCGGAUCUUGAGGACCACAGCCACAUCAGCCAAUCAGGGCUCACUGAUGAUGGAAGCAUCACAACUGCACAUUUGCUGCCAGACAGUGCACACUAUGUCACAGCUGAGGCCAUUGUAAGCACCAGUAUGGCAGAUGUCAGUCAGUCAGAGGGACUAGACGUCACCACCUCAGCGUCCACUCAUUACGUCAUCGUCAGCGACAAUGUCACCUUCGUGCAGUCCUCGACGUCUGACGUGGAUGACGGACAGCUGUCAACCUCGGAUGUCAUACCAUUUGCAACUCUAACAGGUCCCAUCCUGCAGCACUCUGACUCCGACCUGCUGGCGUCCUCCUCCGAUAUGGUCCAACAUGACCUCACCUCUACUACUCACACUGACGACGACAUGGCAGACUUCAGGGGGGUGAACUGAAUGAUAACCUCUCUCCGAUCCUGUAACGCCGCACAAACUUCACUCUAUGGUUGGCUGAAUCAAAGGCUCCAAUCUGUCACACUAGGCAUUGCCUUCAGGCUGCUUGAGUAUUGGCUAGUGCCCCUGGCAUGAGAGGUUGAAAACACUGCGAGAACAAAAAGAAGAAAAUCAGCCUCAAAGACUUUGAAAUUGCCAACAGGACAAGGAUGCCAGAAUUUUGGAGAAAACAUACAUAUAUAGAUACUAUUUGGGAGAAUAGGCAAAUAAAACUAAGCCAACCAUCGACUCAAGUUUGUGUUGCAUGAUAUAUAUAACAUUAUAUAGAUACAGAUUUAUUUAUCAACUGCAAUGUUGCCUUGCAUAAUAUGUAUAACCUAGUAUGGGUCUAGCUGCUGACCUGGAGAAGUAUACUGUAGAACAUGAAUUUUAACACAUAAAGUUCUCAUAUGUUAUUUUUGUUGGUCGAACACUCAUGGCGUUUUACUUAUUCAUCAAUUAAUAUUAAGGCCAAACAUCAUGCAAGAUAAGUAAAAUGUACCAUUUCAUUUUCAUUGUUCUGGAUUUUGUUGCUCUAUUGAAGAAUUAUCAUUUCAGAAGGCUAUCGUGACUAAUUCAUGUUGUAUUUCCCUGUAACUUAAGUGUGAUAUCAUCAGAUGUUGUUGUUUUAUUCUGUGGAUUUGAGAAGUACUGUACCUAGUUUUAUUGAAUUAUUUAUUCCAGUUGCUAUAUACCUGGAUAUGGAAUAAGAAAUUUUGGCCAUUGUUGCUAGAAUAUGACGUCUUUAUUAUUCAAGUGAAGUAUAUUUAGAAGAAAAACUAAAUAUAAGUGUGCGGAAGAUUGUUAUAAAUGACAGACAUGGAAGAAAGUUGACUUGAUCAAUUGUCAUUUUCUCAAAUGUUGCUUAUUGAAUUAAAUGACAUCUAGAGCGAA